GGAGUUUCCCGCCCCAAAAGAGGCGGCCUGGCUGGCAAUUGAGGAGAGUAGCAUACAUACAUAGUGGGGAGAAAUUAGGGUAGUCAUCGAAUUGAAAUGGGUGAAAACAAGAAGAGUGAGAAUAAUGUUCUUAGGCUUGUUGGGAUUCCGGUGGAGUUUCCGUACAAGCCAUAUGGAUGUCAGCUUUCUUAUAUGAGCAGAGUCAUCUCCACGCUGGAUCGAGCCCAGCGAGACGGUCACUGCCAUGCUUUACUCGAGUCUCCCACUGGAACUGGAAAAUCCCUGUCUCUUCUCUGCUCUGUUCUCGCCUGGCAAACCAAUUGUCAGUCUAAGCUUGAUUCCGGAGGCGGAGGCGGAGGCGGAGGAGGAGGAGGAGGAGGUUUCUUUCCUGAAUCUGAUGCCACUCCAUCGCUACCAAAUAACAAGAAUGGCAUCAAAGCCCCUAGGAUUUUUUAUGCCACGAGAACUCAUUCACAAAUUACUCAGGUUGUUCGUGAAUAUAGGAAAACAUCUUACCGAGUUCCCAUGGCAGUUCUGGCAUCACGGAAACAUUACUGUACAAACCAGCAAGUAUGUGGGGGAAAUAACAUUGACGAGCAAUGCAAACUUCUUCUAAAGAAACAAAAGUGUCCAGAAUACAAAAAUAUGCAUAAAGUAAAAGGCCAUCCAUCUCUUCAGAAAGGAGGUUGCAAUUAUGUCCAUGAUGUUGAAGACCUUCUUAAAGUGGGAAAAGCUGUUAAAGGUUGCUCAUAUUUUGCUGCACGUUCUAUGGCACAUGAUGCACAAAUUAUAUUCUGCCCAUACAAUUAUGUCAUUAAUCCAGUUAUUAGAAGAGCAAUGGAAGUUGAUAUUGAAGGAGCAAUCGUUAUUCUUGAUGAAGCACACAACAUAGAAGACAUAUCUCGUGAUGCUGGUAGUUUUAAUGCCGAGGAAGAUGCUUUACUUCAAUUGCAGAAUGAACUAGCAGAACUCAGUCUCACUGAUGAAAUGACUUACCUACCAUUGUUUGAAACAUUAGAGAACAUCAUAAGUUGGAUUCGUAGAAGAAAAAAUUCUUUAGCGAGGCAAGGCUUUCAGAACCACUGCACAAGUUGGACUGGGGAAGAGGCCUUGAGAGAGCUUCAAGAAGCUAGCAUAUCACAACAGUCUUUUCCAAUAUUGGAACAAUGUGCUGCAGGGGCAAUACAAGCUACUUCUGAUGCUGAGGAGGACGUGGCUCAUUUGAGUGGCAUGUCAGCAACAGUAUUGGAAGGGUUGUUUACCUCACUAAAAUAUUUUUACUCUGAAGAUGGACUUCGUAUACAUGAUUAUCAGCUUGUAGUGCAGAAUGUUGUCAAGAAAGAUUCUGGGAACUCUUUUGGGGACUGGACAUGUUCAUUUGGUUUAUGGUGCUUAAAUCCAGCUGUUGUCUUCAAGCAAAUUGCUGAUCUUUCUCUGUCGGUGAUUUUAACUUCAGGUACUCUGUCACCCAUGUCCUCCUUUUCUUCUGAACUUGGGGUUCAAUUUGGUACCUGCCUGGAAGCUCCACAUGUCAUAGAUGUUGACUCACAGUUGUGGGCUGCAGUCAUUUCGAGUGGACCAGGUAACUAUCCGCUGAAUGCAAGUUACAAGACAUCAGACUCUUAUGCUUUCCAGGAUUCACUUGGCUUGUCAUUAGAGGAAAUCUGUAAAAUUGUACCAGCUGGUUGUUUGGUAUUUUUUCCUAGCUAUAAAUUGAUGGAAAAACUUUCAAGUCGCUGGCAGGAAACUGGUCAAUGGUCUAGACUAAAUGCUCAGAAAUCCCUUUUUGUUGAGCCAAGAGGAGGAAACCAAGAUGAUUUCGAUGAUACUUUAAAAGGUUAUUAUAAUUCGAUUUGUCAAGGUGGUAGACGUGAUGUUGGGAGAAAGAGAAAGGGUAAAAAUAUGGGCCUGAAAAACCUCAAAGAAAUAGACAUCACUGAAAAGUCAAAAAAAGGUGCUGCUUUUCUUGCUGUCUGUCGAGGAAAGGUCUCAGAAGGAAUUGACUUUUCAGAUGACAAUGCUCGAGUUGUUGUCAUUGUUGGUAUUCCCUUCCCAAACGUAUUUGACUUUCAAGUUGCACAAAAGAAAAAGUUCAACGACACAUAUAAAUUAUCCAAAAACCUUCUAAGUGGGAAUGAGUGGUAUUGUCAACAAGCCUUUCGAGCUCUUAAUCAGGCUGCAGGCCGUUGUAUACGACAUAGGUUCGACUAUGGAGCGAUCAUAUUCAUUGAUGAGCGUUUUCUUGAAGGGAGAAAUACUGCAUAUAUUUCAAAAUGGUUGAGGAAAUCAAUAAGACAGUAUGACAACUUUGACCAGUCUCUGGAAGGACUGCAAUCCUUUUUCAAAGAUAUUAAGGAGCGGGUUGGCAAGAAUGCUGAGGCGUUACAAAAUAUUGAUGUUAAGAUAGAUAGUGUUGGUUUAAUGGGUACUCAUGAAGUAUCCACAGAAAACAAAAAUAAGUUAAACCAGACUAAAUGUUGCAUAGAGGAAGUGGCGUGCAGUAGCAAGCUGGAAACUGUAAAAAUUGCACCACUGCAACCUGGAGAAGUCAUUAACCUAGACUGUGAUACUGGAGACGACAGAUGUAUUCAGUCUCCUCCUGUGGCGCCGUCUCCCGAUGAUCAUGAUGUAUGUAUUGUCAGGGAAACCCCUGGGGUGUAUGCCAGUAAUGUUGUUGCUUCUCCUAAAGUUCUAUUCAGAGAUGGUUUUGAUAGCUCAACUGUACUUCAGCCUCUUACUGAUUUGCCCGAAAAUUCAUCACAUUUGAACUUGCCUAACACCGAUAAGUCGUUGGUCACUCCUGAACGAAUUAUGUCUGCAGAUGCAAAGAGUGUCAUGCCUGAGACAGAAUCACCAUUAAAUGCGAGUAUCAAUUCUCAUAUUCAGAAACGGAGAAAGUCGAUGGGUUGGUCAUCAUUGUAUGUGCACCAUCGAUCUGAUACUCCUGAGCCCAGAACUCCAGUCGGUGACAGUUUUACUGGAAGCACAACAACAGCUGCAUAUGAGAACUCCUUUAUUGAUCGUUAUUAUGAAACAAAUAGCCCAGGAAGUAAGUGUGGAAGGUCUAUUGUUGAUCACACAAGCACACUACAGAACUGUAGUUCUUCAAGUGCAUCUUCUGAUCAUAUUGCUAAUAGAAGAUUGCAAAUCUUUUGUUCACUCUGCAAAAUGCCGUUGGGCCUUCCUGAAAAUGAUUUAUAUGUUAUGUGCUCAAUAACCCCGUUGUCAAAAGUACACUUGGCAUCUCUGUGGGAAAAAAAGUUGCAACCAUCAGCAAUUAAUGGAUCACCACGGAUACCUAUGUUAAUUUGCGAUGUUUCAUCAAUUGAUCAGCAACUUUUUAAAAUAACUGUUGAAGGUGGACAGGGAGUCUGGUGCAAAGAAGAUGGUUGUGUAUUUAAUACUAUAUUCUGCCCUUUCUGUAGUCAUCCAAAUAAUUGUCUUGGUGUACAGGUAAUGGCAACAGAUCCAUCAAAUGUUGGGUUGCUCAACAAGAUCCUAUUAUAUCUUGAUUGUUUGGAGAUUAAGAAUUUUGAAGGUUCAAAUGUCAACAAUUUGUCACCGUCUGGUAGGCCAGGAAUUGAUAGGAGUACUGGCCUGGCUUCAAUCGAGCAAUUCUCAUACUCUCCACAAAUGAAGAACUCUGAAGGCUGGAGAACUACAAGAUCGAAGAUGAGACUGCCAAGAAACGGUUUGCGUUCUACUGCAGAUGGUUAAAUUAGCUUGUGUACUUGCAUAUAUUACGCGGAUAAGAUAUCUAAAUGAGCAUUCAUCGACAUGAUCUUUUCAAGCCAAAAGUAUAGAUAUAGAGAUGAUCAGCUAUCAUCCGUAGGCAUUUUGGUUGGAUAUUAGUCACAGAAAGUUGUUGCUUCUGAAGUUUAACAAAGCACUAGCUAACCUGAUUCCUGUUUGAAUUAUAAAGUAACUGACGACUGUUUCACGCAGAGGCACUUGGAGGCUAUGUAUAGCCCUAGUGUUGCUCAAAAUGUUAAAAAAAAAAAAAAGUGCUACUUCAUGGACGUGCAUUUUGAUACCAUGUACAAUUCGCAAGUGUAGGCUUGCAGCAUUCUGAGUGCUGUGUUACAGAAAUGGGUACUCCUGGCCUGCCUAUUUGUUGAGAUAUGGUUACAUAUGGUUAUUUAAGGAGGCGUUUGGAUGUUAGAUGAGAAUUGGAAUCGGGAAUGCAAAUGAAGAUAUGGGAAUGGGUAUCUUGAGGGUGUGAAGAAAUGAUUUUUUAACCACCAGAUGUGGAUGAGAUUCUAAUUCUGUAUCAUAAGAUUGCUAAUCCAAACAGCGAUAUAUAAGUUUGAGAUUUUGAUUUCUA